UUCGGCACAUGAUGCACGUAUAUUUAAACAUGCAGUGAUGGAUCCGAAAUAUAAUUUUCCUGCACCACCUCCAGGAAAGUUUUACUUAGUUGAUGCAGGUUACCCUCUACAAAGGGGAUAUUUGAAGCCAUACAUUGGAACCAGAUAUCACUUACCUGAUUUUAGAAGAGGUAGUAGAACUAUUAUGGGACAUAAGGAGCUUUUUAAUAGUAGACAUUCCUCACUAAGAAGUGUAAUUGAACGUUCCUUUAGUGUAUGGAAAAAGAAAUGGGGAAUAUUAAGAGAUAUGCCUAAUUAUAGUUUUAAGAAGCAACGUCUUAUUGUUGUUGGUACCAUGGGCUUACAUAAUUAUAUUCGACGACAUAUAUCACGAAAUGAUCCAGAUUUCAUAGACUGUGACGUUGAUGAAAAUUUUAUUCAUCCAGAGGCAUAUCAAUGCAGAGUAGGAGAGCAAAUUGAAGAAAGUAAUGUGUUAUAUGCCGAUGUAGAGUUUGGUGAUGACGAGGGGGUGAAUGAAAUGAUUGAACUGAGAGAGAAAAUUGCAUUUGAACUAUGCAAUUAGAACAGGUAUAAUGAAUAUGGGAACUGUUUUUUUGUAAAUAUGAAUUUUCAAAUAUUUUAAUACAAAAAACCUGAAAUAUUUGUUUAAA